GCUAGUGUCUUACCGAUUGCUAGCAACCUCUUGUGGGGCUUGCAGUCGGUGUUGCUUGACCUGCAGGGAAGCAAGACUCGCCACAUUUCGGCAUUCACUGCGGGCAAGCAGAACUCGUCAAAUUUCCGGCAUUCUUAGCUGCUUGAGUGGCUACGUGCCAGCUGUGACGUCUUGGUGCAAACCGAGCGCUGCUCCUCGCCCGGCUGUAUUCCGGGCCCAAGGUGCAUUGUUAAAUCUGCAAACCGAGCGUUGAGCCAGCAAUGCGCUCCCUGCUGCUCCUCGCCACGGCUGCCGCGGCCCUGCGCCCGCAGCCCGCACCGCGCACAACCACAAAGCUCCGCGCGGCUGCGGCGCCGCCCGACGAGAUUGCCAGGAGGCGCAACUUCGCCAUCAUCAGCCACCCCGACGCCGGGAAGACGACGCUCACCGAGAAACUCCUCUUGUAUGGAGACGCGAUCCAGCAGGCGGGCAUGGUGAAGGCUCGCGCGAACGGCCGCGACUCGACGUCGGACUUUCUGGCCAUGGAGAAGGAGCGCGGCAUUUCUAUAUCGUCCACGUGUCUCACGUUCGAGUAUGGCGGCGCGCGCAUCAAUUUGAUGGACACGCCGGGCCACGCGGACUUUUCCGAGGACACUUAUAGAACCCUAAGCGCGGCGGACAACGCGGUCAUGCUUGUCGAUGGAGGCAAGGGCCUGGAGCCGCAGACGCGGAAACUGUUUGGGGUGGCGCGGCGGUCGAACCUGCCCGUGUUUACGUUUGUGAACAAAUUGGACCGGCCGGCGAUGUCGCCCUGGGAGGUGCUGGACGAGAUCUCGGCGGAGUUCAACCUCGAGACGGCCGUGCGCACGUUCCCCAUCGGCGACGGUGAAAGAUUUCGAGGUGUGUAUGAUGCGGCGAAAGACGAGGUCUGGCUCUACACGAGGACGGAGCGAGGCAAGAAGGCGUCGGUGGAGCGCAUCUCCUGGGAGGAUAGAGAUGAGAUCAGCGAGAAAAUCGGGGAUGAGGAACUCGACGCGCAGCUCGAGGAGGACCGCGAGAUGAUUCGGGAGCUCACGCCGCCGUUAGAUGAUGAAAAACUCAAGAAGGGCGAGAUGACGAGCGUCUACUUCGGCAGCGCCAUGGGCGAUCAAGGUGUGGAGCCUUUUCUGGACGAGUUCAUCGACCUGGGGUCGCGGCCGGCUUCCAGGCCGCUGCGUGAUGACAAGACGCUCGAGCCGUCGCACAGUGAAUUCGCGGGCUUUGUGUUCAAGAUGCAGGCCAACUUGGAUCCGAAGCACCGGGACUGCAUGGCUUAUGUAAGGGUCGUGUCGGGGACGUUCCGGAAAGGCAUGAAGGUCAUCCAUGGUCGGACGGGGCGUUCAUUGACGCUCGCCACUGCCACAAUGUUGUUCGGUUCGGAUAGAGACGGCGUCGAGGAGGCGUUCCCGGGCGACGUCAUCGGCUUGAAUAAUCCGGCGGGCGGCCUUUUUCAAAUAGGCGACGCGCUGCACACGGGUUCGAGUGUGGCCUUCGAGCCCAUCCCCUCCUUCUCGCCCGAAGUCUUCGGCUACUUGAGACCGACAGAAGUCGGCGCGUCGCGGAAGUCCUUCGCCAAGGGCGUCGACCAAUUGUUGGCGGAGGGCGCCGUCCAGCGGCUGAAGGAGCGGGGCAACGACGGGCCCGAUCCGUUGUUGGCGGCCGUCGGCGAGCUCCAGUUCGAGGUUGUGGUAGAUAGGAUGCAGGGCGAGUACGGCGUGAGCUGCGCCGUCGAGCGCGUGUCCUACACGAUCGCGCGGUGGUGCCGGCCCGAGCUCCCGGCGGACGAGGCCUGGGCUGCUGUGGAUGCGGCGAAGAAGGAAGGGGCUUUGACGGGCGCCUUCUACGCCGAGGAUAUGUUUGGAAGGCCCGUGCUUCUGUUUAGAAACGCGUACACCGUCGAGCGCCUCGAGAACGACGCCGAUUUAGAUCUCGGGCUCCAGCCGUGGGCGCUGCCGCCGGCGACCGCUCCCUAAAGUUGUUGAUUC